AUGGAAACCUCGGCAACAGGAGCAUCAAAGAAGAAGGGCAAACGCAUAUAUUCGUUUCUGGACGCUCGAAGAAUAGCACGCGGCCAUGGAUUUGCCUCGAAAGAAGAAUUCCUCGAGUAUUGCUGUCCGGGUGCGUACCAACUGCCCAAGAACCCCGACGUCGUGUGGGCCGACGAUUGGAGAGGCUGGGAUGACUUUUUGGGUGUGCCAUAUCAAGAGUUUGAAGAGGCGAGAAGCAUUGCAAGAAAACAACUUUCGGGUGUGGUGAAAAGCAAGGAAGAGUAUCUCACGUUGUUUGAACAAAAAAAGUUGGACGAUGACAACCCUGCCUUUCGAUUACCAUAUCGACCUGAUCUUUACUACAAAACAGGAUGGACAGGAUGGGAUGACUGGUUGGAACCUGACGAGAAAGCUUCUAGCUAG